AUGGCUUCCACCUCAUCAGACACAUCUGUACCUUACCACCAAAUACGCGCUCAUUAUGACGACAAAACCAUAACGGUCUAUCAAGCAUACAAAGAAUCCAUCGCUAGAGAUGCCGUCGCCGCUCAAAAACUCAACGCAUCCCCCGACUUUAAGCCCGGCCGCAUGACAUGGGUCAAGCCUAGCUGGGCUUGGAUGAUGUACCGUGCCGGCUACUCAUACAAAGAUGCCCGCCAAUCCCACAUUCUUGCCAUUCGCAUGACACACGAGCAUUUUGUCGGACUUCUUGAACGUGGCGUACUGUCAAAACAUGCCAAGAAGGCUCCUGAGGACUCGGCCGUCAAGCGUGAGAAGACCAGUGACGUGAGGAUUCAAUGGGACCCUGAACGGACGCCGAAGCUUGGGGUGUUGCCAUAUCGGAGCAUCCAGAUCGGCAUCCCUGGGGCGCUCAGUACACGAUGGGCGGACGAGUGGAUUGUCGAGAUUGAGGAUGUCACGGAAAAGGCCCGUGAGCUGAAGAGGGUCAUCGAUGAGCGACCAGACAUUACUGAGGAGGAGCUCUUGGAGUUGGGUCUCAUCUUUGAGGAGAGGCCAUUUGAGGUGCCAGAGUCUGUUCAUGAGAGGCUAGAGAUUACAACGCUCCUUGAAUCAUGA